AUGGCAAUGGGAGGAGCAACUGGUGGGCGUGUAAUCACGUUUAUGCCACCAACACCACCAGGUACUCCUACUUCACCCACAGUUUUGACUGGAGCCCCAGCUACUGCUGGAACUGGUAAGAGGAGUUUAAGCACUAAAAUACAGGGGUUUCAAAAAGCACCGAUGGCUGACGAAAUGCAUUGGCUACUUUGCUUAUAGAGGUCGGCUACUUUUUUCUAAAAGGAAGAAGCAACUAGUUUGAAUAAGGUUGUAAACAAAAAAUAUAUCAUAAAAUCUGAAUGAAUAAGUGAAUUAUUAUAAUGGAUGUUGUUUUCAUAAAGGCCCACUGAUUACAUGAUGCUUUAGUCAUGUGAAUGCUAUAUUUCAGUCAAGUUUCUUAAAAAAACGCUGUUUUGUCCCCAAAUUUAGUCUCUAGAACACUGAGAAUCGCAUAUUUUUACAAUGUUUUAGGGCUUUGAAAUUUCAAACUUUUCUGGGGCAGAACACGUCCUGAAUCUGAGUUUGAAGCCAUCAUGUUUAUAAUUAAGGUAGUUUUUUUGUUUUGUUUGUUUGUGUUUUGGCCGUUUCAUAAAACUAAUGAAGACAUAUCUCAUUUACCUUUUCUCCAGCAUUUUCAAGUCAAUUUUUAUUUUUUUCAGUCAGCAGUUUUGAUCUUGGAGAGAACCAGAAGAGAUGGGUUGUGAUCGGGAUUUGCUUGAACAAGCUUCUGUUGCCAGUCCUCAAGGAUUUUGUGGCUCAAGAAAUUCCCAAACACUACGCAUCCCUGAAGAGUGCACAUGGAAUUGACACUCAAGUCUAUGGAAGACAUAAGACUCAUGACGGGCCAUCUCAGCUGAACUAUGGAAGCAUCAACAAUAACUGGGGGAAUUUUAAGAAAAAAAUGCGUUCAUAUGAUUACAAAGUUGGAACAGCUGAAGACUUGGCUAAACUUUAUCUUGAGCCACACAUGACCAAGUUUACAGGUAUUGUUAUUAAAACUGAAAACGUUAAUUUUCCCUAAUCGUUUCCCUGGAAGCACAUUUUCAUGCACUACACCAGUACAGGGAGAACCAGAUUGCUCUUUGGGAGUACAGUCGACUAUCCCUUAAUAGACACCUCUAUGAUAAAACGGUCAGUCAUAGCACUCAGUUGUUGUAGUCAGAGUUGCACUCAGCUAGUCAGUUAUUUUUCUUAAAGGAGGAGGAGGGGGUCGCUGAAAGCAAGGGUGGUGCAGUGGGAAGAGCACUUAAUUACCUCCUAACAAUGUGGCCUGAGCUCUCGUCCCGGUGUCAGCGCCUUGAUGUGGUAUUGAGUUUGUUGUUAGUUCUUGCCUUUGCUACAAAAGGUUUUUCUCCAGCCACUCGGAUUUUGUCCUAUCCUUACAUUUAAUUAUUUAAUUAUUUAUUUAUUCUUUGACUCUUUAAUUUUAAAGGUAGACAUUUCCCUCAGACAUUUGGGCAUUAAACUUAAUGCCAAUGCCAGUCCGAAUGUAUCACAGUCACAGUUUUCGUUCAAUCAAAUUGGCAAAUUGCGGGCCAUAUUUUUAAUACGAGGCCAGCUGUAAGACGGAGUCAUGCUUUGAUAUCCAGACGUUUUUGAACUCUCAUAGUCAUUUGUGCUUAAAACUAUUGCCUGUUCUCUGAAAAAAAUAUUUUCUGCGUUGCAUCCAAAUUUGUUAUGUGCUACGCAAAAUAUGAAAAAUAUUUCUCAGUUGGGAAAUCAGAGGCAAGUUUCACGCAAAAAUGUAUCAAUUUGCAGGAUUUGAUAACACAUGUGACCUAUCAGCAGUGCUAGGGAUUCUGGAAAGGGCGUCUGUUUUUCACACUCGUAUCCAAACCAAUGCCAAGGAUGUGCGCUCUAAAGUGCGAAAUGAGUGGGGACACUGCAACUUUGACCACUGGACUGAGCUGGAGUUCCACAACAGUUUUCAACUUAUGGAGACCAUGGUUCGUUCACUCGGGCUGCCAAAGCCUGAUGAAGACAAAGAACUAGAUAAACUGCAUGACUGGGAAAAAAAGGGUGAGUACUUGCCCCUACAGUAAUCUCGUAAGAAGUUGGUUAAACUCAGUUUCACUUGAUGUGACAUUACACUCGCGCAUUUGCUUUGUGGAAAGAAAGGAAGUCUCCAUGAAGUAUUGAAUAUGAGGAAGCGCCUGGACUUCUCUCUUUUAGGUAAUCUGUUCCAGGCAUCCAGAUUGUGGGGACGGUGCAAAGAGAUGUGAGCAGGAAAAACAGAAACGGGGAUCUGUUAUACUAAUUAAGUCUAAGAAAAGGAUCGUUUACGUGUUGUCCAAUUUCAGUUCUAAAAAUUGCGUGUUAAUCUACCUACAAGAAAGCUAUAAAAUUUGCUUCUUAUUUUUUUAUUUUAUUCUUUCUUUGCCCAAUAGUAGAACGUAUCUAUGUAUUCUAAAUUAUCGAUAAAUUACCUCAAGUUCUUCCUCGGGGACUUGAGCAUUUCUUCAUCUGUUUAGUGACUUAUUGAUUAUGGAAAUCUUGAUUUAUAGGUUUGGAUCUAUGUUUGGGCUGCCAUGUGGAUAAAUAUUUGAUGAAGCUUAUCAGUGUUGAAGUUAGCAACCUACAAAAAGAUGUAGACAAUAUAAGGCAAUCCAGUACUGAUGAAGCCAACAAGAUAAGUGCUGCCCUUCAAACUAUCGGAGACGAAAUUGAUAACUUUGACAAGCGAAUAACUCAGAUUGAAAGAAAUCUCGAAGCAGAACGAAAGGAGCGGUUAGAAAAAGAGGAAGCUUUAUCAGAUGCAAUUACAGAUAUUUCAAGCGAUUUAGCAGAAGUAGACCAACGUGUAGAUGUUAAUGAGAGGGACAUUUGUCGGUUAAAAGAUAAGCAAAGUAAUUUAGAGAACACUGUAUCGUCUGUAACUGAAGACAUAGGAAAUUUAAAAAAGGGGCAAAGUCGUUUGAUAGCUAGGGUUGAAGAGCUAGAGAAAAAGAGUUUUAAGACAGCAAAUAUCCAGAUUUUUCAAGUACCUAGCCGCAAUAAUUGCUUUUGUGGUCGCGAUAAGGAACUAGAGGCAAUUGCAGUGCAACUAAAAAAUACCCCGAAUGGUUGUAUUCACUCAGCUGUUUGUGGUCUCGGUGGUGUUGGGAAAACUUCUCUCGCUGUAGAGUUUCUCUGGCAACACCAGGAAAAAUAUCCAGGGGGUAUUUUCUGGAUUUCGGGAGAAGAUAAGUUUUUUCAAAGGUCCGUCAAUGAGAUGGCGCUUCAAAUUGGAACGUUCGAAAACGAUUUUCAUAACUCCUUGUCGAGAACCCUUGAUUGGCUCAGGAAACGCGAAAAACUGUGGUGUUUAGUUGUCGAUAAUCUUGACGAGUUAAAAAUGUCCCCAGAAAUGCGUAAGCUGCUUACUGGUAACUGGAAAUAUAUGGCUCGUGGUCACAUUGUCAUAACAACAAGAAGGGAAGUUUCACAAAUUGGAGAAGCAACAGGAAUUGACGAGCAGUGUUGCAUUGACUUGAAAUGCUUAACAGAAGAAGAAGGCAUUCAGUUCCUACGGCUGCGAACUGGCCGAACAGAUGAGGGAGAAGACAAUGACUUACGUCAACUGGUUAGAGAACUUGGAGGACUGCCUCUAGCUCUUGAUCAAGCUGGGGCCUAUAUACGAAAUGUUAAACAGUCCAUAAAAGAGUAUGUGAAGAAAUACAAGAAGCAGAAGGUGCGUCUCUUGAAAAAGACAAAAGCCAGAAAUUUUGUGGAAAACACCUCUUCCGAGCGGCUAGCUGUCCACACAACAUGGAUGUUGAAUUUCGUUCACAUCAGUCGCAUCUCAGAAGAGAUGGAACUUGGAGAAGCUCCCACUCUGUUUAUGCAAGUUUCUGCUUUUUAUGGCCCAGAUGACAUUCCAUACGAAUUGAUCAAUGAAGGGCUACUGGAGGAAGGCAGUUCUGUGGAGGAUAAUGGUAUGUGGGAUGAGGCUGAAAUAGUGUCUCUUCUAACUAAGUUUUCUCUGUUUCAGAGAUACGGUAUAGACUCUUUCAGUGUUCAUCGUUUAGUGCAAGAAGUGAUUCGAAGUGAGCUAGAAAAAGAACAAACUCAGUUCAAUGUUCUCUCACGUGCAGUACGGGUCCUUCACCACGCGCUGAAACAUACUCGGUCGCCGGCUGAAGUGUGCGAAAGUUUCGUUGAAGAUGCUGUUUUUAGUGUCGAGAAUCCCCCUUCGUUGCAGUUAUGGGCCAAAUUGGCCUCGCAUGCUACCUAUUUGCAGGAGCAUUUGUCCAACUUUUCAGUGAAACAUAAAGCAGUAGCCCAUACUUUGCUCUAUAAAGAGGAAACCGUGCGUGUUUUUAACGAAGCUGGAAUCUUUCUCAGUGUGUCUCAAGAGAAAGUCAAAGCUCAGGAAGUACAGAGACUUAAACUCGAAUUCCUAGUGAACCUAACGAAGUCCGCAGACGACUAUAGCGCAAAAGUGCCCAGCUAUUUUAUUGAUAUCCCAUUAAAGGACAGGGACUGCAAGCUGAUAUCCCACUGCAUGAGACAACCGGCCUCGGACGGCGAUCCCAAAGAUGAAGCAAAUUCUGUUAAAAAAGAAAGGGAGGAAAAGGUUGACGAGCUCAGAGGGCAAGGAAAUUUUGCAGUAAAAAAUGAAAGAUACGAAGAGGCGAUUAAUCUUUACUCCAGCGCCAUUGGUUUGACUUCCCAUGACCAUCGACUCUUCGCCAACCGCGCUCUCUGCUAUUUGAAACUUAGCCAACCACAACAAGCUUUAGAUGACUGUGAAAAGUGCCUCUUAUUAUGUCCCCGUUUCAGCAAGGCAUUGCAACGCAAGGCUUGGGCUCUCCAAAAACUUGUUGAAAAUGGUUCAUCGCACCUUGAAGGACAAAAGUUGGCUGCACUGGCACUAGCUAUCCAAAAUGAUCCCAGUCUUGGCAACGAGAAAGGGUUUUGGGAAAAGUUUCCAGGAGUAAACGCGCCGUUCAGAGUAAUAGAUAAUGAAACGCAGUUGACGUUUGCUUUAAUGACGGCACAAGGUACUCUGCUCCUGAAGGAAGGUGUUUAUAAUUUAAAGCGCUUCGUUAUCUUCAAUGAUUUCCAAAUUGUAGGUCUUGGGAAAGAAGUCGUCUUAAGUUGUACAGAAUGCUGUCUUAUUUCCUCUGCUAAGUGUUAUUUUGAGAAUAUUGUGUUCCCUAAAGGAAGCAUUGGCAUAGUUUGCAAAGGCAAAGAAUCGGCUAUUCAUUUGAAGCAUUGUCAAAUUUCAGGAGGUUCAACUAGUUGUGAGGACUUUCCAGAAUGCAAUGGUGGUGAAGGAUGUAUAGCGGUCUCUUUAGGAAAACCUGCUUGUGAUCGCUCUGGUAAGUUUGGAUUUUCAGAAUUGAAGUCUGGUGUUAGCGGUUAUCCUGGAGUUCAAAUUUUUGAUGAGAGCAAAGCUCUCAUUGAAGACUGUGCAAUUCAUCACUGUGGCGGUGGUGGCGCUCUAGUCGCUGGCAAGGGCUCUCGCAUGGCAGUCAUUAAAUGUGAGGUGUACAAGAACCACCAAGCCGGUCUAGAGGCAAGAGAAGGUGGAAAUCUUUCUGCCUCUCAAAACAAGAUAUUUGAUAGUGGUUUCCAUGGUGUCCUUAUCGGUCCGAAUGCAGGAGAAUGCCUUAUCACUGGGAACAAGAUAUUCGAAAAUGCAAGAGAGGGAAUUUAUGCCUGUAGCAACGAGAAUACAAUAGAAAUAUCCGAAAAUGAUGUACACCACAAUAGGCCCUUUGGUCUUUCGCUGGAUAGAAAUUCUCACCUUGUGAUCAGAGAUAACAAGAUAUUCGAGAAUGGAUUCUGGGGAAUCUUGGCAAAAUCGCGAACUUCAGCCGUGAUAAAAGAAAAUAUCAUUUCUGGCAACAAAUGUGGCGGGAUUUUCAUUGGUGUUAAUUAUUCCGCACGGGUUCAUUUGGAAUCAAACACAGUGCGAGACCAUGGUGGCCCGUGGUUAGAGUAUCAACAGGGUAGUAUUCCCAUUGAUACUACCUUACUUGAGAAAGACUCGUCUUUUCUAGGUCUCUCGUCUUUUCUAGGUCUUCCUCCUGGGGAAAAACAGUUUUAUACCAACCCACCCAUCCUAGUCCGAAACAAGGAAUAUAACAACGAAGAAGGUAUGUAUCACCCUAAAGAGGUAAUCGAGCGGUUUUACAAUGGUUGCACUUUUUGUCGUCGCUCACGAAGUGAAGUAAGUCGCCUCAUAAAGUGUCCUACUUGUCAUAUUGCCUCGUAUUGCGGCAGAGAAUGCAGAGAAAAACAUUUGGCCACUCAUAACACACUAUGUAGCGCCUUGAGAAGUCGUUAUUCUGUAACGGUCAAAACCUUUUCACAAUUAAAUCCAGAGCAAGCUCAAAUUCGAACAUUUGGGACUCAUUUAAAAGGUAUUGGAAAAGGACCUAAACCCAAAUGUGACGGUACGGAAAAAUUCAUCGUCAAGAUUCAAACGCAGAAUCUUAAUAGCCACCCGUUCCAAUUGCUGGUUGUGUACGACAAAAGCCUUACACUAGAUUAUACAAUCCAAAGUCCGGAAAUCUUUAGCGUGAUAAUGGAAUGCGGAGUUCUUGGGAUGUUACACAAAUUUACAAGCAAAAAAGUUUUUUUCUGGGCCACGUUCGCUAAGAGAGAAGAGAAAAUGACAGUUUUUCUUGAUCAUCUUGCUCCUUAUCAAGAAUGGUAA